CCGCCCCUUCGCCGCCUCCCGCCGGCACCGAGCCGCUCGCGGUGUCGGCACUGCCCGGCUGCCGCCGCCGCCGUCCCGGCCCCGCCCGCGCCCCCGCCGGGACAUGGACUCCGACUCCUGCGCUUCGCCGUUUGCCCCGGAGGACUUCUCCCCCGGCUCCCGGCGGCACCGUACCGUGGAGGACUUCAAUAAGUUCUGCACCUUCGUCUUGGCGUACGCCGGCUACAUCCCGUACCCGCAGGAGGAAACGCCGCUGAGGAACAGCCCCAGCCCUCCCAACAGUACUGGAGGCACGAUUGACAGUGAUAGCUGGGAUCCUCGCUUCAAUGACACCCCCUCCUCUGUCUCCCUGCCCACCAAGAACAGAAAGAACUUUAGUCAGCUUAAGCGAGCAAAACCGUAUGGUUCCCUGUUCCAGCGGGCAAAGGCCAGCAACUUCCUGCCAGAGCGAAAGCAAAUCGAUAAGAUCAGGAAGAAGAAAAAGCUGAAAAGGAGGGAAACAGAGGUGUCUGCAGAGGAGGACUAUGAGGAGAAGCUGCUGGAUCUGGAGGCAGAGGACUCUUACGCAGAGACACCGAUGAGCCCCUCGUCGGAGGGUGACCCUCAGUCUGUGACUGAGCACUGCUCGGUGUGGGACUCUGACACCCCAUCCAGCGUCUCCUACCCUGCUGUGACAGCCGAGCAGACAGUGGAGAUCCAGAGCGUGGGCAAACGAACGGUCAUUCGGCAGGGCAAGCAGGUGGUCUUUCGGGAUGAGGAUGGCACUGGUGAUGAUGAGGACAUCAUGGUGGAUUCAGAUGACGACUCGUGGGACCUGGUCACUUGCUUCUGCAUGAAGCCUUUCGCUGGGCGGCCGAUGAUCGAGUGCAACGAGUGCCACACUUGGAUCCACCUCUCCUGCGCCAAAAUCCGCAAGUCGAAUGUCCCAGAGAUCUACAUCUGCCAGAAGUGCCGGGACUCCAAGUUUGACAUUCGCCGUUCGAACCGCUCCCGGACGGGCUCGCGCAGGCGCUUUCUGGACUAGGGGGGAGGCACGUGCUGGUGCGCUGCGUGGGCGGGUGAGCUGUGGGUGCCGGCUGGGAGGCCGGGGAGGGCUCCCCUGAACUGCUGCUGCUCAGGCGGGAGGGCUGCCCAGCUGGCCUGUGGCCCAGGAAUGAGGAAUCGCCGAGCCGCGGGCAGCCGGAGCUGGGAGCGGCCAACUGGGCAGAACUGUGGCGAGAGACUGUCUCGAGGGACAGACGAAGCUCUCUGAGCUCAGUGGAGUUUUGUCCGGUUACGAUGACUGGGUGAUGUACUAUACCUUUGCCAAGUAGGUUUUCUCAUCCCAUUGGGAAACUGCAAAUCUUCUCUGUGCUAGAAAACUCCUCCUCCUCCCAAAGAGGGAGGGGAGGAGGAGGGAGUCUGUGUGAAGAGUCUGAAAAGUAAAUGGCCCUGUGUUUUAAAUUCAA